CGGGACAACAGCCUGGUAUGCCUCGUUUAGCCGGGAGUCGUGAUGGACGUGAGCCGAGGCCUGGAGAACUUGCCCGUGACUGUUUGGCCGCGGCUCGAGGAGCCCCCAGAAUUCCAGUAUAGUCCAGAUCACGUGACUGCUGAAGGAUGUGGACCAAACCCCUCUGAAGUCUCCUUUCCUGGAUGCAGCUGCCAGUCUGCUUCCUGCCUGCUUUCCACGUGUUCAUGUCUUCCUUAUGGAGAAAACUAUAAGAAUUCAUGCAUCAACUACGAAGGGAGUAAACUAGAGUACGCAAAGCCUGUUUUUGAAUGCAACACUAUGUGCCAAUGUGGAGAGUCAUGCCAAAACAGGGUGAUUCAAAGGGGUUUGCAGUUCAGACUAGAAGUCUUUAAGACAGCGGACAAGGGAUGGGGUCUUCGCACUCUUGAUUUCGUACCCAGAGGCAGAUUCGUGUGUGAAUAUGCUGGGGAAAUUCUAGAUUUCAGAGAAGCACGUCGAAGGGUACAGCAGCAGUCGUCAAGUGAUUCAAAUUACAUAAUAGCAAUCAGGGAAUAUUCGUGCGAUGGACAGGUUAUGGAGACAUUUGUUGAUCCCACGUAUACAGGUAACGUUGGUCGGUUUUUAAACCACUCCUGUGAGCCAAACCUCAUUAUGGUCCCAGUCCGCAUAGACUCAAUGGUGCCAAAGCUGGCGCUUUUUGCUGAUCGGGAUAUCUGCGCAGCAGAAGAACUUUCAUACGAUUAUUCUGGAAGACAUCGCAAUUACUCACCAGAUUUGCAAAGAGAUCAGGAGAAGCUACAAGGAGAGGAACUGGGAAAAAAGCCCUGUCAUUGUGGGGCCAAGUCAUGUACAGGUUUUUUGCCAUAUGACGGUACUUUAUUCUAUGAACAAGAUACCCCAAGGUGCCUGAGAGAAACGUUAUGAGAGACCCAGGUAGUGGUGGCUUCUAGUUGCAUUCCAAAAACACUUAUGCUGGGUUCCAUUGAGGGAGAACAGCAUGUGGAAGCAUUUGUAUAAAUGAACCAUGGAAGCUACGUUCCAUAUGUGUAGUUGAAAGUAUCUCAGGUAGGCAUCACCAUUCUCAGUGCAAUGCUUAUCCCACCAAAGUGAGUAGAUGAGCUAUUCCAUGCACAUGUAGAGAAAUCUGUUAUGUGUAGCUGGUUGCUCAAUCAAGGACUUUCAGCAGCCUUAGAACGGAGCAACUCUGCGUGGGAUGGCACUGUAACUCUGAAGAGGCAAGAGUCCUUGCAUGUUAAUUGUUGUAUGGUUGCAUAAUGGGAUUGUGAUGAUUUGCAAGAAGAGGUCAGUCUUGGUUCUGCCUGGAGGACUGGGUUUCUAAGAGGUGGGAACUUUUGCUUCUGGGGAAAUUGUUGCACCAGCUGAAGGUUGUUAAAGGCCUACGAAAAUCAGGCAAUUCCUUUACGUUUUUUCAAUCACUGCAGUCACUCUUACCAUUAAUAGAAAGUGCCUCUUCUAUCUCUGGUUCUCAUUUUGUUUUGUACGUGAAAAUGAUUGGUAUGGCUGUGUUGGGGGUAGGGAAAUGACACUGAAUUUCAGGUAAUAACAGUCUAAUUAGCCCAACGUUUGGUUUUCAGAUCUUUUGUAUAAAUGAACCACGGACCGUGAACAUAGCACAAAUCAAUGUUCUGUCGUCAUUUCUUAUAGUAUGAUCAACAAUUUCAUUUAAAUGAAUAAGUGAUACAGUUCUGUCCCCUGUUUGUGGGGAGGGGGGCAGGCAGCACUGAGGAGCAGUUGUAUACCUAGUCCCCAUGCUAGCAUAAUCUGGGGCAGAAAUGACACCCCAACCCUUGCCCAAAUUCUGUUCCUUGAGACAAGUAGGAAGGGGGGAACAUGCUUACCUGGAGUUACUGCACAGCUUUCAGUUGUUGUUGUUAUAACAUAACGACACUGAAAAUGAUAUUCCUUGCUUUGGUUUCUGAGAAUACAGCCCAAGAAAAUGAGCAGGUUUGAUUCUAGUUUUGUAAUAGGCCAAGAAAUUAGCUCGGAAAUAGAUCCUCUGAUGAAAAUAUGAUAACCGUUCUUUUCCAGGAAGAAAUUCUAUCUUGUUUACGUGACCUGGAACUGAUCAGUGCUGUCACUUCUACGCCCAGGCACUGCAAUUCCAAAUAAACUCAGAACUGCUCUCCCAUCUGGAAGGCUUCUAUACAGGCAGCUGUUUCGAAAGGCUGCUGGGUCACAGUUCUGUGUAAUCUGUCACAGUAAAGACUCAACCUUGCUCACACUGUCCUGCUUGGGAGUGGGCCCAUGGCUCUCUAGAUAAAAGAAUCAGAUAAUGGGUGAGAGGAAAGACCCUGAAAUCUUGGAGAGCUGCUGAGAGUCAGAGUACACAGUACUAACCUCGAUAGACCCGUGGUAUUUCUUUCAGUGACAGCUCCAUAUAUUCUUGUCCAAGUGCCUUUCGCAGGUUAAAUGCAGACCUAGGACAUCACUGUAGUCGCCAUUCAAACAACAUAGUUGCUAGAACCAGCUAGUAACUGGAUGUGAGUUGGAGCAAAAAAAUUGCAUUUUUCGAACAACUCACUGUUGUAGGUUUUAUGUGAGGGAAAAAGCAACUUGCCUGCAACAAGUAAUACCGUUAUUAAAGGGAGGUCUAGGAGAUGUUUUAAACUUUGGAAAAACUUUGCAUCCCAAUAAUAAAAUAUGUUUGUGUGAAAUGGCUUGUAUUUCUGAAGUCAAAAUUAAUGAUAAUAAUAAAAAGAAUAUGGAAGUCAUUUUAGCAGUAAAA